GUGUAAGGAGGCUUCUGAUUUUCUGGUCUGGUGGAGGGUUGGGUGGGAACUUGGAUGUCAUUUUUCACCUCCCUCUUGCAAUGACUCCGUGCCUGAUCUCUAACCCAAGAUUCUAUACCUUUGAAGCAGAACUUAAUCCCUCUCCCAGUCAAAAAAAAAAAAAAAAAGGGAAGAUUGUCAAAUCUGAUCUGUCUGAUCUGGUAGGCUGUGUAGAGUCUUUCAGACCACCCAGAUAGACUUUCCUCUGACUCUUGAACUUUCCCUUGGCUCUCCAACACCCGGGCGUUCCCUGUCAGUCUCCUUACUCAGGUGCUUCCUUACACUCCUAUCUUCAGAAAGCAGGCCUCCUCCAUUUGCUCAUGUCUUAGCCCUCCUCUGCUCUCCAUCUCACCAAACUGGUUUGAGUUGGCCAUGCCCCUUCCCAGCUCCCUGGGCUCUUCACAUAGUGGCUGGCCCCACAACUCUACUUGGCUUGGCUUGGAGCCAUGAGUCAGCUUCAUCUCCACCCAAGCCAAAUCAAACCUGAGGCAGCAGCCGAAACUCACAGUUCCUCAAAGCCCAUGGCCAGGUGAUGGAGGACGAGGAGAAGGCAGCGGAGAGCUUGGUGAGCAACAUGGAAGCUGCUCAUUCUCCAUCCCCUAUCCACUGCUGCUGGCUCCGCCUCCAAUACUUGGCAGCUACUAGCAUUAUCUGUGGCUGUUCUUGCCUGGGGAUCAUGGCUCUUGUGUUUGCCAUCAAGGCAGAAGAGCGGCAUAAGGCAGGCCAAUCGGAGGAGGCCAUAUACUUGGGGGCCCGGGCCCGGAAACUCAUCCUUGCCAGUUUUGCUGUCUGGUUUGCUGUCCUUUUUCUGGGUCCCCUGCUGCUGUGGCUGCUCUCCUACACCAUUGCUCAGGCUGAAUAACCCUGAGUGGCUUUUGCUGAGAGUCAGUCAAGACCUGGAUCCAAUCCAACAGUUUGGCAGUGCUCAGUGCUGGUGACAGGAGUGGUGCCUGGUUCUGUCUGUCUGGAAGGAUAUUGCCUUUCUCAGGAGACAUUGGAAGAGCUCAACUAGGCUAUUGAAAGCACCUGAGACUUGAAGGGGAGGUCAGCCUGCUCUGUUCUUUCAUUAUCCUCUGCUUUGUCUCCCUUGCCCUCCCAUCCUAGGAGCCUCCACUCAGAGAAAGGGAUGAAAACCAGGCUUGAUUUUAUUAGAAUUUGUUUUAUAAUAAAAAUCUUUUUUGGUGGUGAAA